UUGCAUCGCAGCUCAAUCUGGAUGUGUCAGAAUCUGGUUUGGGCAUUUCUGCAAACACAUUCCGUGCAGGCUAUACGCGAGGGGGCCAGAAAUGGCCCACGCUGUUUAAUGGGCCAAGAAGACUCCAUCGCAGUUCUGGAGGCCCGAUAAGAAUACCGAUACUUCGAUUUCUAUGCCUCUUUUUACCCCCACUCUGUUUGGUAUCUCUGUCGAUCUCCCAACUCUUCCUCUCCUGUGUGUGUAUGGAAGAAGCAACCAACCAACUCAUGAUGCUCCGCUACCACCGUCCCACCUAACCCUCCCGUCUUCUUUGGGUUCAGAUCUCAGCUCUGGAAUUCUCCACCGGAUCGACUGGGGUUCCUCUUGCCCUUGGAUCUUGGUGUAUGGUAUGAUUCUGCGACAAUGCAGCUGAGGGUUUCCUCCUUCGAGGACGUCAAGGAGUCGGCGCAGCCGAGGGCCGCCCAGCCCCGGGUGUUUCCGCUGCCGCUGCUCAAGAUCUUCCUCCCCUUAUUCGCCCUCGUCGCCGUCGGCUUCUCGGUCUUCGGCGUGUACGUGACCCGGCGCAUCGGCGUCCUCCCGGCGGCGGCCGUGGGCGGCCUCUUCCGGCCCCUUUGCGUCGAGGAGCCGCCCAGCCUCGACCGCUGGGUCCGGCCUCCGGCCGACCUGAUGCACUCGAUGAACGACGAGGAGCUCUUCUGGCGCGCGUCGUGGGUGCCGCAGGUGAAGAAGUACCCCUUCAAGAGGGUUCCCAAGGUCGCGUUCAUGUUCUUGACCAGGGGGCCUCUGCCUCUCUCUCCUCUCUGGGAGAAGUUCUUCAGAGGGCACGAGGGCCGGUACUCCAUCUACGUCCACGCGCUUCCGUCUUACCAGGCCAACUUCACCUCGGCCUCCGUCUUCUACGAGAGGCAGAUCCCUAGUAAGGUGUCUGAGUGGGGACAGAUGAGCAUGUGCGAUGCUGAAAGAAGGCUCCUUGCAAAUGCACUACUUGAUAUAUCAAACGAAUGGUUUGUCCUGUUGUCGGAGUCGUGCGUUCCGUUGUUGAGUUUCAACAUUACCUACCAGUACUUGAUAAGAUCAAGGUAUAGCUUUGUGGGGGUGACCGAUGAUCGAGGUCCAUAUGGAAGGGGAAGAUAUAAUGCGAGUAUGGCACCAGAAGUGACCAUCGAACAAUGGCGCAAGGGGUCUCAGUGGUUCCAAGUUAAGAGGAAACUGGCUGUGAGCAUAAUCAAGGACACCACUUACUAUCCAAAAUUUGAGAAGUUCUGCAGGCCACACUGUUAUGUGGACGAACAUUACUUCCCCACGAUGCUCGCGAUACAAUCGCCUAAUCUACUGGCAAACAGAAGCCUUAGUUGGGUAGACUGGUCAAGAGGCGGCGCUCACCCAGCGACCUUCGGCAAGGUCGAUGUAACAGAAGCAUUUCUUAAGAGAAUUAUUGGGGGCCGAAACUGUUCAUACAAUGACCAACCUUCACGGAUCUGUUACCUUUUCGCAAGGAAGUUCGCUCCAAGUUCGCUGGGGCCUCUGUUACAAUUGGCACCCAUUCCGCUUGGACUUGGCUAGUGGCAGCAACGCCAAGGACAAGAUGUUUCAGUUUCACAAACGCUUGUCGACUCCGAUUUCAGGAGAUCCGUUGAAAUCCAAUCUAUUUGAGAUUCAGAAAGCUUCUUUCGGUAGCGAAACCAUGUAUAGUGUUUUUCUUCUUUCUUUUGACACAGUCCUUGUCACAAUUUUUCUCUGUAUAGCAAAGAACCAAUUAUUCGUUUUACACUAUGUAAGUCGCCGGGUUUCAUGUGCAUGAAACAAUUUCUUUUGAUAUGUAACUUACUUUUUUCCU